AUGUCAGAGACCUCGGAGAUCUUUCUUGAUUCUGUUCAAGGCGAAAUCGCAUUCUUCCGUGCUGUGAUGCACUCUAGACCGAUAGGGAUCCACAGGAAUUUCCAUAUAGUAUCAAUGCGGACCUCUAUCCACAAAGACACGGGCGAAUGGGUCAACGUAGACGAGAUUGUGCGGAAACUCAGAAGUUGUUACGACGUGGACGCUCUGAAUGCUAUCGACGUCGAAGUUGAAGCCUAUGUAAUGGCACGUUCACAAAAGUCAACGCCCACAUCUAUCCCAUCACCUUCACCAACUGAAAAUCUCAACUCUCACCCAUAUUUUAGGGAAGAAUACGCAUUGCCGUUUGAACCUCCAUUUGAUGGCCUGAUCGCAGCGCGUAGGAUGCGUCAAACACCAUCUCCAGCUUCCUCUCCAGCCCCUUCUGAACCUCUGAAAGCGACCAAACAGCCCUCACGGUCAAAGAAGAAUCGGAGUAAAAGCAAAGCUAAUAUGGCAGGGCUAGUUGGCGGUGAUAGUGACAGCAGUGCCUUGACGCAGGAGAGCGGUGACGAAGCACUUGCAGAUAGCGUUGCCACUGCAACAGAUGGAGAGACAAUAGACGGAGAUCCCGAUGAAGAGGAUGUUGAAAUGCACGAACCAUCGCCCGGCGCGUCGACUCCAAAUGCGAUGACCGUGAAGUCUACUAGAAGGAGGACAGGCACGUCUAGCAGAAAGAGAUUACGUGGUGCAGCCGCAGCUAACGCGGUGCGUUCUGCGAAGAAACGGAAAAAGUGA